CAAGAGACUAUAUUUAGGCUUACACAUUGAGAGAAUUUGAUGAGUCAAAGUGCUUAGAUAAACAGUGACAAAAGUCAAAACUGGACAAAUAUUCUGGGACGGAGAUAGUAAAUUUCUUUUUUUUAUUUGUUUGCCAAUUAGAAUAGGAAACUUUCUCAAGUCAAAGCAGCCCAUCCAACAACCCUUUGGUGGCGGAGCCUUCUCAAUGAAUCUGGUGCAAACUACAAAUAAGGGCAAGGUCAUUACUACAUUGUUGGAGGUUUCUAUACGAUACGCGCUGCCGUCUCCAAUUUGAUACUUUUAAUGUGUUUGGGAAAAAGGCGGAGCGUUGUUUCUUGAAUUAUCAAUCAUCUGGUAAGUUUGUGGCAGCCGUUGAUCAGUUCAUGCAACUAUGGAGGGGCACGAAAAUGAGCAGUCUGCACGUUGAUUUCGACCUCGGAAAGGAUCACGCUUCGCGCAUUGAUAGGUGGGUUGUGACUGCUUUUAGAAUGGGCGUUGAGGAAGUUUGCCUUUAUUUCCCUCCUCAUUUCGAUCCAAGUCGUGAGAUGUAUUCGUUCCCUUGUUGCGAUCUCGUGGAGGAGGAGGACGUUGACAAGUUGCCGUCAUCUUCUUCUUUGAAAUGUCUGUGCCUGAGAUGUUGCAAUUUACAUCUCUCUCCUCCUAGAUGUAAAAGUUUGUUAAGUCGUUUAACGAUGCCCGACUUGAGUCGCGUCCCUUUACACGAGAGUGGAGUGAGGUGUACCCUGUCGGGUGGUUUGAAUGAUCUCACAUCACUUACAUUGUCUCUGUGCUGCUUGCCUGCCUGGACUACUUUUCAUUGAUAACGGUGAGCUCCCUUGCUUGAAGAAACUAACCAUCGAUGACAGAUCGAUAACAGUCAAGCUGAACUGCCCUAAUCUUGAGUCAUUUAAAUUUAGUGGAGACUCAGCAGAGAUGAUCUUUGCCCAUGUCCCGAAAUUGAGAAAAGUGGACAUAUUGUUCUGGGUCGCUAUGCACUCGUGCUUGGCGAUAUUGGAUGACCUCACCAGAAAUGUUCCCCAACUUGAAGCUUUAUCCCUUUGCAUGAAUACCGAGGUAAUACUCCCAAUGUCUGGACAUGUUACUAGGUCGUGUCUAAGGAAGCUCGAUCUACACGUUUGGAUCCCAUUGGGUUUUGAUGUUUUAAGUAUCAUUUACAUGUUAAAUGCUUCUCCAUUCCUUGAGAUAUUGAAUCUAAAGGUUUGUCUUCGUGCAGGCACCAUAGAGAGACAAGGAGGAGAUUAUGGCAAUUGCUCACAUUUUCGGUUGAAAGAAGCCAAAAUUGAAGGAUUUAGUUUUCGUUUAAACACAUUGAUACUUGUAUUAUGCUUGCUCAGGAAAGCUGUGGCUCUUGAGCACAUGAUCAUUAAAACCAUAAAUGGGUGUUCAAAGACAAAACAGACGUUGACAUCGCUUCUGCAGAAGAAUAUCAUCACUACAAAAGCACAAGUGAUAAUCCAAUGAUUUUCAAUUUGACUGUGAGAAGAUCGAAUAUGAUGCAGCAGAUUAUUAUGUUGUUUUUUAUUUCUUCAACUACUGUCUGACCU